AUGACCCGUCUUCUCAGCAUGACCCGUCUUCUCAGCAUGAUCCGUCUUCUCAGCAUGAAAGACUCCAACCAUAGCCAAGGCAUGUCUGCUGCCGCUCAGGUGGCUACUACCUCCGACAUCCUCGACCAAAUCCUCUCUCACCCCUUCGGUGACAGAGACCUCACUUCCUUCCUACGCGUAUCUCCCCUCUUCUUUCAUAUCGCCGGCCGCAAGCUCUACUCUACGCUGCCCAUAUCCAACGCUCUCAACACUGUCUCCCUCUCGGGCUCUAGUGGGGGAUCAAGCAGCUCUGGCUCCUACGCCAGAGAACAGUUCUUACCGUAUGUUCGCACAGUGGUAGUCGAACGAGCGCCAAUCCCCAAACGCCCUAUCUGGGCGGGGUAG